GAUGGUGCUGCUUGUAGUCGCUUCACCCUGUGGAUGAUACAGACAGGGAUUCUCGGUUAUGUUUCAGCCUCACUCGGAACCCCCCCAUCCCACCAGCAGAUCCACCCAUGCACCGGGUUGUGCACGCUUUACAUCACCAUGUCUCCAGCAUCGGCUGCACCGGUCAGUGAAAGCACCACCACCGCGACCACGGCUGCUCUACCCGGAGAGGAGACGGAGAGUCCCCGAGAGGAGCAGCGACCUCAUAAACAGUCCCUGUCUCAAUCCUUGUGUCAGGAGACACACUGGAAAUGUCUUCUUCUGUCCCUGCUCAUGUACGGCUGCAUCGGGGUGAUGGCCUGGUGCCAGGUGACCACGGUCACACGCCUCUCCUUCGACAGCGCCUACAAGGGGAAGUCCAUGAUGUACCAUGACAGUCCCUGCUCCAACGGCUACAUCUACAUCCCUCUGGCCUUCCUGGUCAUGCUCUACGUGGUCUACCUGGUGGAGUGCUGGCACUGCUACGCCAAGAACGAGCUGCAGUACAAGGUGGACAUGGACACCGUGCUAGAGCGCAUAGAGCGCAUGCAGCAGGCCACGCCCUGCAUCUGGUGGAAGGCCAUCAGUUACCACUAUGUCCGGAGAACCCGGCAGGUGACGCGCUACCGAAACGGAGAUGCCUACAGCACCACACAGGUUUACCACGAGAGAGUCAACACCCACGUGGCAGAGGCAGAGUUUGACUACGGGAACUGCGGGGUUAAGGACAUCUCAAAGUACCUGCUGGGUCUGGAGAGCUUCCCAAUCACCCGGCUGAGGUUCACAAAGUGCUUCAGCUUUGCUAGCAUCGAAUCGGAAAAUACCUAUCUAACCCAGCGGGCCAGGUUCUUUACGGAGAACGAGGGUCUGGACGACUACAUGGAGGCUCGUGAGGGAAUGCAUCUGAAGAAUGUAGACUUUAGAGAGUACAUGAUUGCCUUUUCUGACCCCGACCACCUUCCCUGGUACCUGUCUCAUUCCACUUUUUGGGUGGCAGCUGCUUUCACCGUGUCCUGGCCUCUGCGUGUUCUGAUGGAGUACCGCACCGCCUGUGUACACUACCACGUAGAGAAACUGUUUGGCUUUGACUACGUUCCAGUGACACCCUCCGAGGAGCGGCCAUAUUGCCGACAUAUUCCUCGCGUCAACACCAUUGACAGCACAGAGCUGGAGUGGCACAUUCGCUCCAACCAGCAGCUGGUGCCCAGUUACUCCGAGGCUGUUCUAAUGGACCUGGCCCAGCUCUCUGGAAACAGCUACUCUGUCUGUGGAAGCUACGGCAGCUACAGGCAGAACUGUGAACGCUGCCAUCGGGCCAUCAGCAGCUCCUCCAUCUUCUCUCGGAGCGCCCUCAGCAUCUGCAACACGGGAAGCCCACGUAUCCCCUUCAGCGCCAGUCGCUUCUCACUGGGCCGCUUGUACGGCUCCAGGCGGAGCUGCCUGUGGAGGAGCAGCGAGAGUCUGAACGAGCGCUCCUGUCCCACGGAGAGCACGAGAUGUCUGUCAGGGCAGCAGUCCGGUGAGGAGAACCCUCCAACCUAUCAGGACGCUCUGCACUUUCCGGUGCUUAUUGUACAUCGCAACGAGGGCUGCCUCAACCACGACCACCAGUCCCUGCACAGAAACGGCUCCUGCGUGGAGACUUCACUAUGACCCACGUCAGCCACAGCUGUCGGAGCAAAGACUCAAUGACACAGAAAAUUCCAGAAAAGCCCAGAGCACAGACUGAAAACACUUUGUCAUCGUCCUUUAACUCUUAACAUUUGUUGCAUUGCCUGUAAUGACCUGCAGGGUUGUGUCUGUGCAGUCGUGUCAACCUCCAGUACCAGAAGUUUACAUGCUUGGCUAAUAAGCGAGACAAGGAGCAGCAGUUUCCUUCUCAGUCUGGGUCGUGAUUAGAGUCUGAAAACAGAAACUCCACCAAAAUUAGAAAUGACAAAAACACCCUCCGUAAGCAGUCG